AUGCCUAUUGUUAUAAAGGAUUACACAUGGAAUCAAAACUCCACAAGUAUACAAUUAAGAGUUCCCAUACCCUCUGUUUAUACAGAAAAAGUUGAUCUAUUUUCAUCUGAUUAUUAUAUUAAGGCAAAUUUUAGUCCUUUUUUCUUUGAAUUAUUUUUAAUGCACGAAGUUGAUAUGACAAAAAGUAAAUGUACGAUAGUACAUGAUAAUUGUCUUCUAAUAGAUUUAGUUAAGAAAGAAGACCGCAUUUGGAGUGAUUUAGAAAAAAUCUUGUCCAAAGAAGAUAAAAAGGAAUUAAGACAAAAAGUCCUUGAAGAAUGCCAAGAAAGAGCUAAGAAUGAAUCUGAAAAUAAAGCAAUAAUGAAAAGUAACUUGGCUAGGUUUACUGUUCAACAAGCAAUGGACAUUGAUAAUAAGCAGCAUAUAAUAAUGGAUUCUAGAAGAGAUGAAGAGUGCAAAAAGGCAAUGGAUGAAUUAGAAAUUUGGAAAAAUGGUACCAAUAAAAAUUGUGGUGUUAAAAUAACUGAACUACCAUCUUCAAAUGAGGUUAGUUCUCAAAAUGAAAGAAAUAUUUCCGAAGAUAGUGAUAAACGAACUCCCAUGCAAGUAAAAGUAAGGUCAGAAUAUAUUGAUAAGAAACGCGAAGAAACAGCAAAAAGGGUUUUACCAAAACUGAGAGAUAUGGCACAAGUAGAAAUAACACAUACACCUCGGUCUUUUCCAACACCUAGCAGAGAAUCUACUGCUCGAGAAGAAGAUAUAUGGCUAAAAAACAUUACACAAGCUCGAAGAGCAACUGGAUUUGUUUCGGAAGAUUUGCGCCCUGAAGAACAAGAUCCACAAUGGUGCAAGGAAAAGGGCGAUGAUUUUUUUCGCAGUGGUAACUUUUUGGGAGCAAUAAGUGCUUAUACUCAUGGGAUUACUCUUUCAGACAAGUUACCCAGUCUCUUUGCCAAUAGAGCGGCUGCGCAUUUCUCUUUAGGGAAUUUUAAUAAAUGUGCGAAUGAUUGUUCCACAGCUCUCGACUUGAUGAAACCAGCUUGCGAAAUAAAUCGAAGAAGCCGCGGGAAAUGUAUUGCACGUCGAGCUGCUGCGCUUGCUCGCUUAGGAUAUCUAAAUAAAGCCAUCGAUGAAAUGAAAGCAGCCGCAAAACUGUUGCCAGAUGACGAAAAUCUUAAAAAAGACAUUUAUGACAUGGAGCGGGCGUGGGAACAGGAUCCAGAUUCGGAAUAAUUUAUACCAGUUUAAUAAUAAU